AUGGUCGAAUCGAAAAGAAAAGUUGCUUUCGUUACUGGUGCAUCAUCAGGAAUUGGAUAUGCCGCGAGUAAAGAAUUAGCCAAGAGAGGUUAUAAGGUUUACGCAGGAGCUCGUCGUGUAGAUGCCAUGAAGCCAUUAGAGGAACUUGGAAUUAUUCCGAUUUCUCUUGAUGUUACUUCAACCGAGAGUAUUGUCGCGGCUCGUGAAUUGAUUGAGCUGGAAAACGAUCACUUGGAUAUCUUAUUUAACAAUGCAGGUAUUCCUUGUGCAGCACCAGCCAUUGAGGUGCAAGAUGAACUCUUCUUGAGGUGCUUUGAAGUCAAUCUUUAUGGCCCAAUUCGGGUUACAAGAGAGUUCAGUAAACUAGUUAUUAAAGCUAAGGGAAUUCUUGCUUAUACGACUUCUACAGCAGGAAUUUUCCCUAUUCCUUUCGGAAGUAUUUACUCAUCUUCAAAGGCUGGGUUAUCCGCCUACCUAAGUACAUUGGCUUUUGAAGUCAAACCAUUUGGAGUCAAGGUUUUGGAUUUUGUAAGUGGAGCGAUCAAAACUGAAAUAAUGAACUCUGAAAAAAUCGACCUUGCCCCAGACUCUUAUUACCGAGUUGAUGGUGUAGAUCUCAUAAAACACAGUAGAGGAGAUUUUGAAAACAACAAAUUCAUGGAUGUGAACGUGUAUGCCGUUAAGGCAGUUAACGAUAUUGAAAGUGCUCUUAACAGUGGUGGUUUCUUUAGCAGUGCUAAUUACUUUAAACUGUAUAGAGGGACAAUGGCAUCCAUAUCAUGGUUUAUUACCUCAUACUUACCUAGAAGUGUCUUGGAAAGUAUGUUGAUUAAAGGGUUUAAAUUGAAAGAUGGGUUCAAUGCAAUUAAGAAGAAAUAUGGCGCUUAG